GAAUCACAGCCUGGACUGCGCCCCCUACAUGCGAAGACACCACCAGGCACCAAAUUGAUGACGUGGUUCGGUCCGUGGAGCAGAGCAGCAGGAUGGCCGACCAGAGCAGGCAAAUUAAACUGGCUGCAGCUAAGAAAAAGCUGAAGGAAUUUCAGCAGAAGAGCUCCCCUGUUAGUGUGGGAGUAGAGAAAGGUGGAGGAGGUGGUGGUGGUGGAGCAUCAUCCAAGAAGAAGAGGAAGGUGAAGGGUCAGGGCCAAUACGAUGCACCUUCAACAGAUAGAAACUCUCCAAUUAAUUUUGACACUAUUCUGAAAGCAAUUAGUCAAAGCAAUGGAGUUGCCCUACCUUCUUAUGGAAACAGUCAGACUUUUGCUGACAUGGAGCCCGUCGGAUCUUCAGUUCCUCAGCUGCUAGAGGACAGCUCACCCGUGUCUAACCCCGCUGUGCCUAACACUACUAAUAUCACUGAGUCUGCCAGUCAUAACACUGACGUGCAGGACUACCCUGAUACCAAUGGCAAUGAAAGUUUCACAGAGGAAAAUAGACCACUGUCUUCCACCGAGAGCCUGCGGCAGCUCUCACAGCAACUCAACGGGCUGGUCUCUGAGUCAUCUGCAGCUUAUGUGAACGGAGACGGAGCACCUGCCCUCAGCGAAAGAGAACUGGAGAGUCGUAACCAGGAACUGGCAGCUGCCCUGGAGUCCACCACCGUAACAAACUCUCAGCUCAAUACCCAGCUAGACCAGCUGGCACAGCAAUCGCAGGAGCUCACAGACCAGCUACAGAAGGAGAGAAAAGAAUUUGAGCAGAGAUUUUCAAAAGAGCAGGGAGCCAUGCGGGAGCAAUUACAGGUUCACAUCCAGACGAUUGGUAUACUGGUAUCGGAGAAAUCAGAGCUACAAACUGCACUACAAUACACACAACAGGCUGCGCGACAAAAAGCUGCUGAUGCAGAGGAGCUAAACAGCCGCCUACAGUCAGCAAAGCAGAGAGUGUCCGAGCUUGAGCGUACUCUCUCUUCUGUUUCAUCACAGCAGAAACAAUUUGAUAAGCACAACAAGGAGCUUGAAAAAGAGAGAGACACCCUGAGGCUAGAGGUGUUUCGAGUAAACAAUGUGAGUGAUGAGUCGAAGCAGCAGAGCUCAGAGUUGUCCGAGCAGUUGAAACUGAUGACGCGGGAGAAUGGAGCAAUGAGGCUGGAGGUGGAAGAUCUGCACAAAAGACUCGAGAUGGCUGACCUUAUGUUGCAACAGUGCUCCAAUCAGUCAGAUCCUAGCAGUGUCAACCAGCAGGUCCAGUUACUAGUGGAAGAGAAACAGCAACUAGAGACACACAAUCAUCAGCUGAUGGAGUCUUUUUCCCAGCUGAAAAUGGAGAGGGACUGCUACGCAGAGCAGAUCCAGCAGGAGGGCCGUGUGUGGAAGGACAAAACAGAACAGCUGUUAACACAGGUGUCGUUGGUUGCGGAGGAGAGGGACAGAAACAUCAGUCGAGUCCAGGAGCUGGAGGCCAGCAUCACGGAGCUGAAAAAUAAUGCAGCAUUAUUGUCCCAGGAGAAAGAUCCUCAGGAUAAUGCAGAGACUCAGCCCUCGGGGCCGUCAGAGAAUGAGAUAGCGCUGGAAGAGAACCUCAACAGAAUACAGCAAGAGAAAGAAGCUCUUACUGCACAGUAUCAAGCACAGCUGAGAGACAACGAGCAGCUGAGCCGCCUCUGUGCAGAGCAGGAGACGCGCCUCGGGGAGAUGGAGCGGCAGGUGGAGAGCCAAACCGAGGAGGCAGCAGAUCGCCGGCGCAUGUUGGAGGACGUUCAGUCAGACAAGGCCACUAUUAGCCGCGCUCUCACCCAAAACCGCACACUGAAGGAUCAGCUGGCUGAACUGCAGAAUGGUUUUGUCCAACUGACUAAUGAGAACAUGGAGCUGACCACCGCCAUCCAGUCAGAGCAACACGUGAAAAAGGAGCUGGCUCGCAGAAUGGGUGAACUGCAAGAGGAACUGCACAAUGUUAAGGAGCAGCUGGAAUUGAAAGGCCAGGAAGGUCAGGGUGUGAUGGCGCAGAGGGACCAGGUUGUGGCUCACCUGCAGCAGUACUAUGCUGCCUACCAGGCCCUGGUCUCGGAGAGAGAGCAGCUCCACCACCAGUAUCUGCAGCAGUGUCAGCUCAUGGACCGGCUGCAGCAUGACGAAAGCCACGGUCGUACACAGCUGGAGAUCAGCCACGGUCAGCUCAAGCAAACGCAGGACCGUUUGGCGAAGUUAAUCGGAGACAAUGAGCAGCUGAAGGCUGAGGUGAGGGAACUUCUCAACAGCUCAGCUCUGGCAUCAUCGUCAUCAAGAGACCAAGGAGAUGGAGUGGAAAGCCAGUCACUGGAAGAGAGCCCAAAGAAGUCGUCCUCCAUAGUUAUACCUGAAGACUUUGAAAGCCAGAAAGAGAUGGAGGACUUUAUCCGUGGAGCUCUGGCUCAUUUGGAGGCAGAGAGGGAUGAGGCAAGAAGGCUACUUGAAGAGGAGCACAGGCUCCACAUGGCGGCCCGGCACCAGGCCACCGUGGCCCUCAGCCAUGAACACCAAUACCAUAGCCACGAACACGAUCACGACCAUCAACAUGAACACGAUCACAGCCAUGAACACGAUCACGGCCAUCAACACGAGCAUGAUCACACUCAGGGCCAACAUAGUCACUGUGAACAUGGUCAUGAGCAUUCAGAAGGAGGAGUGCCUGUAGAAGUUCAUCAGGCCCUGCAAGCUGCCAUGGAGAAGCUUCAGCACCGUUUCACCUCCCUCAUGCAGGAGAAGGCUGAUCUGAAGGAGAGGGUGGAGGAGCUGGAGCACCGCUGCAUCCAGCUGUCCGGAGAGACCGACACAAUAGGAGAGUACAUUGCACUGUACCAGAAUCAGCGAGCCAUCAUGAAGCAGAAACACCAGGAGAAGGAGCAGUACAUCAGCAUGCUGGCUCAGGACAAGGAGGAGAUGAAGGCAAAGCUGGCAGAACUGCAGGAUUUGGUGAUGAGGCUGGUGGCUGAGAGGAAUGGUUGGUACAGUCGUUACGCUGGAGCUGUCGCCGGCACCAUGAACCCUGACCUGGUUCCUCUUGUGGAUGAUCACACUCAUCUCGAGCACCAAGCUUAUACAGGCAUGGAGCUGAACGCUGUCAGUGGAGAGGAAGCCAUGGAGGUCAUUCCUCUGUCGGAGCCUUCCACAGGCAUGGAGGCCUCGUCGUCACAGGCGCAUUUGAUGGGAUCAGUCCCGACCGACUCCAACCCCCUGGUGCCCAAAGAGGACGGCACAGCCCAGCAGAUCAUGCAGCUGCUGCAUGAGAUCCAGAACCCACAGGGGUUGCUAAGAUCAGCCCCCUUCCUCGGAGAGAACCCCUGCAUCCCCUUCUUUUACCGGCCUGAUGAGCAGGAUGAAGUUAAGAUCCUGGUAGUGUGAGUGGGUGGUGGUGGUGGUGGUGUGUGAGAGACAAAGUGUGUGUGUGACAUGUGUUGGACACCUUACAAAACCAGUCACAGAUGGAAGAAUGUCUUUGACCCAGUUACAUUAAAAUGCCCCCUCUUUGUUCUGUGAGUCGUCACGAACGUGUGCAUGGGUGGAAAGUAAAAGAGUAUUUUCUCCAUGAUGCCCUUCCUAGAGAGAGGUGAUAAUCAGUAUUCAUAGACAUAAUCUGAUUACUCACCUGACCACAUUUUUAUUCCCAUUCAAUCUCCCAUCUCCCAUUUUACACAUAAGUGCAAUAAAGGGGCUCCGUAUUCUGUCCCCUUGCUGAUACAGUACUUAAAGAGCUGUCAAAAACUCACAGCCCGUUUGUGUGCGAAUUGUGUCUCUUACUACAAAUCUCAGUUUUUUACACUAUUCACUGUACACAUGCCAAAAAAAACACAGUGCAUCACAUGUGAAUGUAAGAACCCAAAUAUUUAUCUGUGAGAUUUUAUAGCGUUCAGAGAAAGGAGGAGAAAGAAGCAGCAAGGUGAUAUGGUGACAUAGUGAGAUCUUAGCGGAGUCAAUAAAGGAACAUAGUGCACAUAAAACUGUAGUAGUCACUGUUUCAAAGUCGAGAGAUGAUCAGAUUGAGGGAGACAGAGGCAAGUUUUGCAGAUUUGAUGCUGUCUUUAUUUUUGUGGGAAAAGUGUGUGUCGUCAUGAUGUGAGAAAUCUUGUGAGAGGACAGACACAAUUCAAAGAACCCAUGAAGAAAAACCUUAGUUCCUGUUUCUCCAAGUUGUUUCUUCAGCGUUUUCCAUCAGUGUUUCCAGGUGAUGAGGUUCAGUAUUUGAAAGAGUUACAGGAAGUAUGCUGCUAAAGUUGUAGGCACAAUUUGGCUCGUUCAUUCAGCACUUUGUGCUAUUACAAAUUUGCGUCGCACUUCCAUCACACAUUACAUCAUUUACUUUAUUUUAAUUUUUUUCAAACUCCCUCCAUUUCCUUUACCGGCUCACGGGGGUCUUAUAAGACCACGUUCUGACCUGGUAUUAAGAUCCAAUAUCCAUGAGAUCGGGUCACUGAGGACGGAUGUUCAUGCCAGGUCUGAACAAGGCUUAAGUUUCUGAACUCUGUCAUUGAGAGCCUGUGUUUUCUGUUACAUUUUGUCUCACACUUUUAACACUUCAAAGAAGAAUUGAUACAUAUCCUUUACAACUGGACUGUGUGUGUGCGCUUUACAGCAUCUAUUGUACCUUUGUGUAGAUUUCCUUCCAUUUAUAAUACUAAGUAUGAUUGCACUAAAUCUGUACAGUGCUUCUCAGUCAUCUCUGUUUCUCCCAUUGAGUGAAACUGGAAUCCUAUGAUGCCUCACUCUGCUGCUGAGGGUUCCACGUGAAGCAAGUUAAUUUAAUCGAGUGCGCAUGCAUGCGUGUGUGAGAGAGGCCAUGGUGUGUGUGUGUGUGUGUGUAUAUAUAUAUGUGUGAAGGCGAAUACCAUUGACACUGAUAAUUCAAGAGGUCAUAGUGUCAUUCCCAAAGAAGUGUGGGACCAAUCAGAACUUGAGAGAAUCGACAACUGUAUUUCCAAAAUCAGAGGACUUAAGUUCUUAAAAAUUGUGAUUCCCACAUUGUCCAUCAACGCUUGAGUAAAAUCUCCUUCAAGCAUUAAAUGAAAGAGAAAUCUUUAUUUUUUAUCGGCAGAAAUGAUAGGCUUUGUGUUCAACUCUCUCCUUUUACAACUACUGAAAUAACCCAAGAUCUUUGUCUUUGCUCAUUUCCUCCAUUUUUACGUCAAAUGUUGGCUAUGAAGUCUGUUUUACGGGAGUAAAAAUCACACCCUGCUUUACUUCCCGAGUCAGUUUGUCCGAGUUUACUUUGAGGAUAAUUCCAUGUUUUAUGAAGUCAUCUGUUUGCACACUUGAUAUUUAUGACGGGACGAAAAGCAGCAGUGUGGAUCGUGGUGUUAUGUCGGGCCAUUUUGUACUUUAACCACAGCACUUCAGUAAGGACGUGUGGUUUCGGAAUACAUUUACUUCCACUAAUUUUAUUUUUAAAAAUGUAUUGCUUAUUAGCAUUCAGUCACUUUUUUGGUUUCCAUUGAAACAUGCCACAAAUAAGUGUUGUUGUUUUUUUUCUGUUUGCUUUGGGAGUGGUAAAACCGUGAGGUACAUAUAAAUAUAUAUACUAUACAAUAAAAUCCUUGUAGUGGUGUUUUGGGGGCUUGUAAAAUAGGCGAUGAAAAAGGCUUUGAAUGAAACGACUUCCCACUCUUUCUAAUUCACUGUUAAAUAUGUUCUGCGUGAAAGAAAUAGCAAUGGGGGAAGCAUUUAUUGUCUUUACUGUAAAAGAGGCAGUGUACAUACUGUAACUGUGUAACAUAUUGUAUAUUCAUUAUGCCUGAUGUGUGUACGUACGUGUGUUUGGAGGGGGUGGUUGCUGGCAGCGUGGAUCGCGUGUUGCGAGUGUGCGUGUGUUGACAGAUGGGGUGUAGGUGGUUCCUGACUGGCUGUGAUUGAUUUAAUACAAAGAUCGAAUAGAAAAGCAAAUAUAUUUAUUUGAAGUAAGUUAGUGUCUGAACUAAUCGCUUUUAAUGUAAAAACAAAAAAAAAAUGACUGUUGGGUGAAAAUGAAGGAUUGUUCAGAGGACUGAUUUGACUGAGGGCUGCUUCACAUGGAAGCUUUCUGAUUUGUUUCCUUGAGUAAUUAUUUCUCCCUUUCUCCAGAAUAAAACUGAUUGAGCAACUCAAACACAA